AUGCGCCGCUAUUUAGACGCGUUUGUAUUCAAAAUGUACAAGGAGACACAGCUCGGGGAAACUGGAUUGCCCAUGAAGCGAACGCAAGAUGAAGCAGAGUCGCCGCGCGUCGGAUGCCCACAAGCCUCCCCUCUCCAGCACAUGAGCGCGUUUCAGCGGCCGACUUCAACGCCCAAGCCUGCUCCGCAGCUGGCACAACGCCGCAGAAGCCCGUCUGCGUUUUCGAGGCCUUCCUUCGCUGCGCGCGGCGCGGAAGGGUCAGCUCGACGUCGAGCGAUUCCAGAUCCAGCAGAGUAUUUCGUGGAGGCCGAGUCCAACCUGCGCGACCUCAUUGUCGAAUACGCAGCUCUCGAAGAGCUCCCAAGCAGCGAAGCAGAUUUGGGACAAAACAGAUCUACGGAAGGGCGAGCGCGCGGGCCCGCGACCGCUCAAGAGGCGUUUGCCGCGUGCGUUUCGCGAGGCUGCGAUCGCCGAAGUCGGCAGAAGGCGUACUCUGACUUCUGUCCAGAGGACGAGGCGCACCAAAAUGGAGGAAAUGCGCAGUGUUCGCGUCUCCGCUACUCUACCUUCGAAGUCGCCGAACUGUGGACAUUCCAGGCACAGUCCACGGCCUCCAUCGCGCGGGGGGACUCGACUUUCUCGCCUCGCACUUCGCGGCAGAGGACGCGAGCAGCCGACGCAGGCGCUUCCUCUGCGGAGGAAUCGGCCUCCAGUCUCCUGUCGGCGUCCUCAGAGAGCGACGCUUCCCUCAGCGAGGCGCCCAAGUACGACGCGAAACUGGCCGGUGGCGAACCUCGCGAAACGCACAGCGACCUGCCGGCGGCGGGUGACGGCGGCGGCGUCAACCGCGGAAGACAGCCUGCAGAAAGCAUUCAUCACACGUCAGGGCGGCGCGACGAGCGCGGUGCAAAAGAGCUCAGUGGGAGAGGGAGAGACCGGCAGAAAACGAAGCGGAGGAAACUCCCUGAGUUGGUGCUGGUGGAAACUCCCUGCGGCGAGCCCUACGCAACAGUCGUGCUGGUGCCCCUAUGCAUGACCUGUCUGGCGUCGUCAUCCUCAUCCGCUCGCUCGUCUCCGGAAUUCUCACCCCAGCUGGCAACCACUUUGAUCUUCCGAAUGGCGUUCGCCUACCUCAGCCAGCAGGACAUCCGGCGCGCACACGAGAGGGAGCGCGGAGAUGCGAAGACUCCGUCUUUGGCGAAGGCAGCGGCGGGUCAGAGGGAGGCAACAGGCGGCGCCGAGAAGUGGAGGGAGAGAGAUCAGGAAGGCGGGGAGAAGGACGCUCCGGCGGCGACCACGUCGACCGGGGGACGAGUCGAAAAACAGGCGAUACUCUUUUGCCUACAGGACCAGCUCUGUGAUUAUCCCCCGCUAGAACGUUUCAUUCCUCCAUCCUUGAACGAGAAACGAGAAGAGCUUGAGUCACACACUGUGAGACAGGAGUCACCUUCGUCCCGCUCGGCGACGUCGCCCUCGCCUCCCGACGGCGCUCCCCAGCCGUCGUCGCCUGCGUUAUUCUGUGCGGACUCUGACUGCACACCGCGUCUACUAGCUUCGGCGGUGUCAUCCGCCUUUUCUUCCUCUCACACGACCCCCGUCCCAGGCGCCUCUCCAGGCACUGCUGACUGCGGUCUCGCCCGCGGGGCGUGGCGACGACGACCCACACCGGCGCGCCGUUCAGCUUUGUCUUCUUGGGGAACGAGCGACGGCAAGGAGAUGAGGGGGCGCUCCUCAGGACUGUCCUGCUUCUUUCAAGAGGCGGACGGCUCGCUCUCGUCGGCAGGCCUCCGAGUUCUGUCGCGCCUCCACGUAAAGUAUUUCUCCUCGACCGACAGCUACCUGCCGAGGAGUGCAGCCGCGCUUCCGGGAGCGUACGUCGCCUCGGUUUCUUCGUUAAAAGCUAGUCACGGCGUGAGCAGCUUCGGGCGGCACCCCAAGCAGCAAGCGGGCUUGGCGCCUCUGCUCUCUCUCCUAUGUUACCUUCCCCUCCUCGACGCCACGUCGCGACCCUCGUGUUUCUUCCUUCUCUCCCCCUCGUCUGCACUCGCUUCUUCGGCCGAACGCGCCUCCCGUUUGAGUUUAAUCCCUCGUCCGCUCCCGAGCGGCCUGUAUACGCGAGGGAGCCUGCCGAAUCCGUGCCGACCUCUGGCGUGCGCGUCAUCUGCGUGCGUGGCGUCAGUGGACUCCUCUGCGCGGCUUCAUUCUCUUGACAAGGCGGUCGGGGCGCUCGCGUCGACGCCAGUGGCUCUAUGGGCUUGGCUCCUGUCCCUCCUCCUCACCGUCGCGGCGAGCCCCUUCCCAGGUCUGUCUGUGGCCUCUCCGCAGGCGAACGAGACGCGCGCCUCGGCUGCCCGCUCGGAGGCCGCUGAGACGCUGAAGCGCGCGUUGGUUUUCGUUUUUGAGUUUCUCCCGACGUCGUGCUGCACAGCUUGCUGUGCCGGGCGUCGCCGGAGUGCGGAGAGAGACGGGAGGGAGGCGCGAGGGGAUCGCGGCGGGGGGGACACGGCGCCGCGCACUCGGGAAACGGCGGAGAGAGCAAACGGUGUACAGGCUGCGCAAGCGAUGAGAACGCGCGCCGAGAGCAAGAGACAAGCGAGUGACGACUGCGGGGCGUUUCUCUGCGGAGUGGAAGAGAGCCAAUUCAUUCGGGUCUGCCGCGAAAGGUUCUCUCGCGUUGUCAUGCUUCUGCCGCCCCCCGCGGGGUCGCCGCCAUUUUCAGCCGCGGAAACCGGCGCACGAAACAGCUCUGAAGCGCGACGCGCGGAGGACCGGGGUAAAUCGAAGGACCGGAGAAGCGCUUGCGUAGGAAUGAGGAGUGCAGCAACUCGGGCAAGGGCUGACGGUGUGGAGGAAAGGGAGACGGCAGCCGAGAGUGAGGCAGCACGCAGAAACGACGACGAGUGUGAAGACGCGGAGCGAGCGUGGAUCACAUGGAUUGAGAGAUAUGGGCGUGCGGCAGAACUUACAAACCCGGGAAUGCGUUCUGCCUUCUAA